AAAAAUUUUGAAUAUUUCAAGUACCUACCUAUAGCAUAGCUACUGCUACAGUCAGUCGAUAGGUUAAUCCCACCUUUGUGGCGAAACUAUGUAGUGACAUUGAAAUUUGUAUAAUGAUCAUAACGUGAAUUAUUCUAAAAACGGUCGUGGAACUGCUUAUUUACAACGGCAGUCGAUGAUUUUUAACGCCCUGUAUAAUGGUUUCAAAGAUCGUAGUGCUACUUUUGCUAUUUUCCGUGGUAGACAAAGGUACGUCUUUGGAAGAGAUUAAAAAUCAAACUUUGGAGGCGUACGGAUUAGACGAUUAUUUGGAGGGGCUUUUUAAAGAUAAGGGAUGGAACGGAACUUGGGUUUCUGAUACUGAUUUUAUCGUUAAGGAUUGGGAUAGUAACAUUCAUAAUGUCGACGUCAAGAGCAAUGAAGCAAAAAUAUUAAUAAACGGCGAACUGAUAAAAGAAUACCGAGGUAGUUCGAUAUCUUUAACCAGCAAUUUAAAAUAUGCUUUAAUUAAAUACAAUGCAAAGGCGAUCUAUCGACACUCGAGAACUGCUCAGUAUGCAGUAUACGACAUUGAGAACAAAGAAUUUCACGUUUUACACAACAAGAAACAUCUACAAACAGCACAGUGGGCACCGCAAGGAAUUGGUUUAGUGUACAUCUUCGAAAACAAUAUUUAUUACGUUGCCACAAUUAGUGACAUUCCUAAACCAAGGCAGAUCACAAAAGAUGGAGCUACUGGAAUUAUCUUCAAUGGCGUUCCAGAUUGGGUCUAUGAAGAGGAGGUAUUGGGAUCAGGAUCGGCGCUUUGGUUUUCUCCCAACGGAAAGUACUUGGCAUUCGGCAGUUUUGAUGAUCAGAGAGUGUUGGAUUAUCACUAUAUGGUUUACGGCACUCCGGGAGACAUUAAAGAUCUGUAUCCGACAGUAGUGUCGCUGAAGUAUCCCAAGGUGGGCACUAACAAUCCAACUGUCAAAGUUAAAUAUGUCAACUUAGAGGACCCGUCCAGUAAGGUAUCGGAGCUUCGGGAAAUUAUACCAACUCAUGUGGUCAGUUCAGAUUAUAUACUUCAAGAUGUGGCAUGGGCGAAUGACACCAACGUCGUGGCAGUUUCUUUAAAUAGGCUACAAAAUGUGGCUGCGGUGUUUGGAUGUAACAUUCUCAAUCAGUUCUGUUAUGAAAUGUACACCUCCCGACAAGAUGGGGGUUGGUUGGAAGUAAAAAUGCCGACUAUCAUUAACAAUGGAGCGAAUUACCUCAUUCUAUCCGCAGAGCCGGAAGGAAAUGAUUUUUAUCAACACAUGUCCAUUGUGUACGGAAGAGAUGUAUCGCAGAAACAAAGACUUACAUUCGGAAGACGGGUGGUUAAUUCGAUUUACGGUUUCGAUGAGGAGCGGAGCUUGAUAUAUUACUGGGGUACAGCGAAUGACAAACCAUACCAUCGACAUGUGUACGUUUACAACUUAACUGGAAAUACUGAGAACUGUUUGAGUUGCGAUAUGGAAACACCAGAAGGAUUAUGCGAAGUGGCCAGUGCAUCUUUUAGUAAAAAGUUUUCUUAUGUCGCCCAAAUAUGCAGUGGACCAGGCCCUAAAGUUGUACAAGUUCAGAAUCUUGAGUCUCGCAAGUACUUCGUAUGGGAAAACAACACUAUCGUACGAGAGCGAUUAGCCAAAAAGCUUCGGCCUAUACGAAAAACCUUAAAAGUCCCUCUGAUAGGUGGAUUAUACGCUACAGUGCGACUGUUACUACCUCCGACGUUAAACAAGAAAGAAAACAAGAAGUAUCCCCUGAUUGUUAACGUGUACGCCGGACCCAACUCAAACAGGGUGGUCAAUACGUAUUCUCAGGGAAUAGAAAAUUACUUCGUCACAAAUCAUAGUUAUAUCUACGCAUAUAUAGACGGAAGAGGUUCUGGUAACAACGGUAACACGCUGCUAUUCCAAAUUUACAGAAGGCUAGGCACGGUGGAGAUUGAAGAUCAAAUUGAAGUUACGAGGUAUUUGCAAAACAAAUACAAAUACAUCGAUGCUGACAAAACGGCAAUUUGGGGUUGGAGCUAUGGCGGAUUCGCCGCCCUUUUGGCGCUACUUCGAGAUACAAGAAACGUGUUCAAAUUAGCAAUUGCUGUUGCACCGGUCACUAGCUUCUUAUACUACGAUACGAUCUACACGGAAAGGUACAUGGGAUUACCUACAGAAGAUGAUAAUGCAGUAGGAUAUCAAAACGCAGAUAUAAUGACUCAAGUGGAAGGACUAAGAAAUAAACUGUUUCAUAUCUUCCAUGGGAAUGCCGAUGAUAAUGUACAUUACCAACAGUCGAUGAUGUUAGCGAAAGUACUUGAAAGGGCCGACAUUAGAUUCUUCCAGCAGAGUUAUCCCGACGAAGCUCACAGUUUGAUACACGUCCAUCGGCAUCUUUUUCACACGAUGAGUAAGUUUUUCGAUUAUGGAUUCAAAAAUCAACAUUUGAAAACUUGGAAAUUACGGAAGGUUAAAGUAGCAGAUAUUAAUUCCACUGUAAAUAAAGUAUAGCUUUAAAUAAAGGUAUUUUUGUUUAGUA